AUGAAGACCAUACUCAUUAUACUCAUGAUUAUAACAAUUACUACUUGUGGCAUACUUAAAAAUGAAGAUAAAAGUGAGAUUUCAACAGAAAUACCAUAUGAUAACACUACAAUAGUUCCAGCUAUUGAUGACAAUGAAAAGCCUGCUAGUUCUAACAAAGGCUUUACCAAUUAUGGUGAAGAAGAAGGCGCUGUUUUUAAAGCCGAUGUGUGUCUAUCAGGAAAAGGCAGGGCUGAUGAUGACGAAGAUAAAAGUGCUACUACAACAGAAAUACAAUAUGAUAACACUACAAUGGUUCCAGUAGUUAAUUAUAAUGAAGGAUCUUCAACUACUGAAAAUGACGAAGCUGCAGCAAAGAUUCAUAAAGAAGAUAUAACACAAGUUGAAGACCAAAAGAUCAAAACGGCUAAUGAUUCAUAUAACAUGACGACUACUAAUGAUAUAGGAGAAAAUUCCAUAGAAGCGAUAAACAGUGGAAAUUCAACAAGUGACAAUCAAAACUCAAGUGAAGAAAGUGAUUUAAAAAAACAAUUGAAUGAUGAAAGACAUAUUGCAAAUAAACCAGGAACUAGUGACUCUAAGGAUAGAGAUAAAAUACAGAAUAAUAAGAAAGCAAGUGGAAGGUAUGGGGCACAUACAAAGAGACAUAGACAUCGUAUAAAGUACGGUGCAGAUUCAAGACUUAUGUGUGGACUCAUAGAUGAUCUAGUACCUUCUAAAGAUAAGGCCCAAGGUCUAACCAAUCUUCUAAGUAAGAAACCUAAAAGUGAUAAUGAAGGUGUUAUAAUGAAAGUGCGUGAAACCCUCGAAAAUGGAACGAAAAUUGUUAUUGAUGCACUAGGUAAUGUUAUUAGAAUUCAUCCCAAAGACGGCGAAGAUAAUUCUAAAACAUAUGAAGAGAUUGUAGGAAAUAAAGAAAUAAGUAAGAGUAAUAAUACUGCUGCUGAAGAAAAUAAAGCAGAUAAUGAUUUAAAACUGAAUCAAAACGAGACUAAACCAAAAAUAGAUGACAAGACAACAGAAAAUAAAAAUGAAACUUCAAAAACAGAUGUGAAAGACAAAAUUAAGGAUUCAGGUAACUUGAAUGCUACAGAACCUAGUGCUGAUGAAGGAAAAAUAGAUACAAAUAAGAAUUGUUCUACAGUUGAUGAUAAAGUCUGUAAUGUUACUAUAGCUACCAGGACAUCACUAAGUGGAGACGCUUGUCCUCCCGGGAAGAAAAGGGCUGAUGACAAAACUUGUGUAGAUGUAGUGUGA